CAAUAACCAACACAAGCAUUAGCGAGUCAGAUUACUAAAGUACUGUAAUGAUUUAUUGUUUAGAAGAGUAGGAAAUGACUCACCAUCUUUUAUUGUAAGGGAAAUGCCAAAGAAGAAAAGUGGGCCAAAAGGUAAGAAAAUCACCUUAAAACAGGCAAAGAAUUCCAUUAAGAUUACCUUUGAUGGGAAACGCAGGCUAGAUCUUUCAAAGAUGGGCAUUGCUGCCCUGCCCAAAUGUCUACUUAAACUGUGUGAUGUGGAAGAGCUGGACCUAAGCAGAAAUCUAAUUAGAAAGGUGCCUGACUGGAUCCAGCGCUUCCAGAACCUACGCUGGCUAGAUUUACACAGCAACCAGAUUGAGAAACUUCCAGAAUCCAUUGGUCAAAUCCAGGGACUGUUGCACCUCAAUGUCUCUAAUAACAAGAUUACUGCAAAAGGAAUACCACUGGAGAUAAAUCAGCUAAAAAAUCUCCGUCUUCUCAACCUUGGACUAAACACUAUUGAUGUGCUUCCAAGCUCUUUGGGGGCACUAAAGGAACUGAAGGAGGUAGGGCUUUUUGAUAACCAACUCACAAGUUUACCCACCAGCAUCGUCAAAUUGCCUAAACUCAAGAAGUUGAACACAAAAAGAAAUCCUAUUCCCCCCACAGAGGAGGAGCUAGAUGAAGCUCAGAAGGAUACAGUUCUAAGAGUGGAAGCUCUUUAUCUGGUAGACCAAAAAGACCUAUGCCAGCCAUGCCUGAGUAAGUGCCAGGAGGAAAGAAACAAGAUUAAAAAGUUAAAUAACCUUGGGCCAUCAACACUGAAGAAGCCAAUCUUUACCAACUUGGUGACUCCAAAUUCUACGGCCAAGGAAACCCAGGCUGAGUGGAGAUGAAAUUUGGACUGAAACUGAACCUAACAUAGAAAUAGGUGGGGUAAAGGAAGGACGAUUCAAAGUAAAAUAAAAAAUGAGUGUAGACCUAUUUAGGUAUUGACUAAAGGGUAAGGGGACAUCAAAUAUCCUCUUACUGUAAGAGAUAAAUCGCAGAUGAGAUUAAGUGAAAACUGGUUAAGUAGCAUCUUAUUGAUAAUAAAUCAGUAAUGCAAUUACAUUAAUGGCAUA